CUCGCAACCCGCGUCGCCGAAGAGAAAGAAACAAUUUUAGGACAGGACGUUGGCUAUACGGUCCGAUUCGACGACGUUACUGAUGAUAGGACGAAAAUAAAGUUCAUGACAGAUGGAAUCCUAUUACGAGAGUUGCUCACAGAUCCAUUAUUGUCCAAGUAUAGUGUGAUUAUGAUAGACGAAGCGCACGAAAGAACAUGUAAUUCUGACAUUCUUCUCGGGUUACUGCGGAAAGUGCUGAUUGUACGAUCCGAUCUACGCAUCAUCGUAUCGUCAGCUACGCUUGAUGCUGAGCUCUUUCGAGAUUUUUUCGAACUGAAUGAAAGUGAUGAUCAUAGUCGCGAUACAGCAUGCAUCAUGUCUGUGGAAGGACGGACUCAUCCUGUUGCUAUCUACCAUACAAAAACGAUGAUUAUGCAAUCAGCAAUCACUUAUUUUUGUUCUAGAGCAGUACCUGACUACAUCAAAGCUACUGUAGACACCGUAUUAGAGAUCCACAAAAAGGAAAUCCCAGGAGAUGUUCUUGUUUUUUUGACUGGUCAGGACGAAGUUAUUCAGGUCUGUGAAAUGUUAUCAGAUGGUGCAGAACGUAUUAGAAAUGUUGACAAAUUAUGGAUUGUGCCUUGCUAUGGUGCUUUGCCACCGAGAGAUCAACUGAAAGCCUUUGACUCCACUCCACAUGGAACUAGGAAGGUUGUAGUUGCAACGAACAUUGCUGAAGCUUCCGUCACUAUCCCCGGAAUCGCCUACGUUGUCGAUUGUGGUUUUGUAAAGCUACGUGCGAUGAAUCCUGACAAUGGUAUCGAAACUCUGAUGCGAUUGCCGAUCUCCAAAUCCUCUGCAGAACAAAGAGCCGGUAGAGCUGGUCGGAUUCGUCCGGGCAAGGCGUAUAGAUUAUACCCU